UUUGCUAUCGAUACUACUAGCGCCAAGCGAUUACAGACUUUCGAAAUAAACAAUUUUUUUUGCGACAAAAUUUUCGAGUGCCGUGUAUUGUGUUGGCAACAGAAUGUCUACGCUUAGGAAUCCCACAGUGGCCACCAUCGGCAAUGGCAACAGCAGCAGCAGCAGUAGCACCAUCGGCAACAGCAACAACAACAACGAGUCGCCGCAGCAGCACUCGUCGCUGGCCCACCAGGAUGCAGGAGUGGCAGAGGCGAUUGGAUAUAUGAGAGAAUUCAGCAGCCAGGCAGCAACCUACCAUCAGCUAAAGACCGAAGAGUCGCUGGUGUAUCUGCACCGCAGCAUAGCGCUGCUGGGCACAAAGGUGCAUCCGCAUUACUAUGCACCGACGCCCGGGAAUCUGGAGCUGGCGCGCUUCUUUAUGGAUCUGCAUGCGCUGAUGAGUGCGCUGGACGGGGAGUGUGAGGUGCUGUGGGCAUGCGUGGCACUGGUGCAGCACUGCAGCCGGAAUCUAGAGGCGCGUGUGGCCAUUGUCGAGAAGUUCUGCUUUGUGCCGCUGCUGAGUUUUCUGCUGAAGAAGACUGAGCGCGAGGAGCGCGUGUAUCGCUUGCUGGUGCUGCUGCAGGACCUCACCUACGGCAUUCACAUCGCCUGGGAGGAGCCGUAUCUGCCAGUGGUGCUCGAGCAUCUGGUGGACAUUGUCCACAAUGUGGAGGGCGACGGUGACGGCGCGCAGCCGUCUGCGCAUGCCCUGCUGGCCCUCUCCAUACUGGUGAAUCUCUGCUACAAGAACUUUGUGGUGCUGUUGCUCUUCCUGCGCAGCGUGCACAUAUCCAGCUUCUGUAGGCGCAUCAUGAAGUACGGCCUGCUCGCCUACAAAAUGCUCAUCAUCCUCUCCGAGGAUGUGCACGCCUUUGAGCAGCGCGAACUGCACACCUUCCUGCGGACAUGCUUUGCGGGCAUCGAGGACUGCCUCAAGAACUGGAACGUCGCCCAGCUGCGCCACAUUGUGGACUAUCUGCUGGACUCCCAGAGUCAUGCGGGCCUCCACCAGGCCAUGCUCUCCCACAGCCACUACUGCGAGGAUGUCGAAAAGCUUUUGGAUCAAAUCGACUCACGCAGUACCAUGGACGACUUGCACGAGGAUACACGAAAGCAUCAACAGAUCUGCCUGGAUCUGAUAUUCCGCCUCAUCAGCUACAUUCUGGAUCUAUCCGAUGAGCAGAGCAGUGUUAUCAGCCUGGACGCCAUUACGCCGCGUCUGUACGAGAUGCUCGGCGAGUGGCUGGUCUCCGAUCUGUGCGGUGUGGCGGCCAUUGAGCUGCUCUCCACGCUGCUGCGUCGUGGCAAGGGUGUUGCCGUAGCGCAGCAGAUUGCACGCGAGCCCGCCAAUCUCGUCAGCCUGGUGGCCAGUGCCGAGCGGCCCGAGACGACGCCCGCCCAUGUCGUGGCCAUUCUACGCCUGCUGCUGGAUCUACUGUGCGAGCCCAAGACGGAGAAGUUGGUGCUAUCGAAAGUUCCCGAGUCGUACUUUGAUAAGAUUUUGGCCUCUCCGCUAGCCCUGACGCCACAGUUCCUGAGCGGCCAGUCGCUGGCACAGGCUGAGGUGGCAAAGGCCAUCUUCUGCCUGCUGCUGCUCAUCAAUUUUGCCAGCAUUGCCAAGAAGGCGUACCUCGAGAAGUGUUGCUCUCUUCUGGAGCAGCCCCAGCUGCAGUACACCCUGGCCCGGGGCAUGGCCAGUGGCAACGAGCAGGUUGUGGAGGCCGUUCUACAGAUUGCCCGAUUCGAGCACUUCCCCAAGUCGGCCGUGGCCAAGCACUUGGCAAGCAUCAACAGUGUACGACUGAAUUGCUCGUCGGCUGCUGCUGAAGCAGCACCGCAGCAGCAGCAGCAGUGGUACACACUCAGCUCAAUCCUCAAGUGCCAUCGCACGUUCAUUAACAAGGAACUGUCGCAGCGCGUCGGGUCACUGGUCGACAACAUAAGCGGCAUUGUGAGGCGCAACGAGCUGCAGUCGGUGCCCGUGUCGCAGGUGAUCGAAUUGUACAACCAUCGCAUCGACAGCCUCAAGAGCGGCAUGCUGAGCCUCCAGCAGCGGCUGGAACAGGCCAACAAUCAAUUGAUUGGCAGCACCCAGCUGUCCAAUGUCCAGAAUGCCGAAUUGGAACAGUUUCAGACCAAGAACUAUGAGCUGCUCAUCAGCCAGGAAAGGCUGCAAAUACAGUCGAAGGAUCUCAAACAGCAGACAGACAAGCUGAAGAGCAACAUGAGCAACUUGCUGAAGCAGCUAUCCGAGAACGAGGAUCACUUGAAGGCCAGCGAGCGCCGCCUGGCCGUCAAGAGAUCGGAAGUGGCCGGCCUCCGAACGGAUUGCGAAGAGCUGAAAGCAAAACUGAGCUUAAAGUGCGAAGAGCUCACCAAACUGGAGACCUUCAGCAAGGAUAGCGUAACACGCAUCGAUAAGCUAAAGAAGUCUGUGCUGGCGUAUGAGCAGAACAUCAAGGAGAAGAUGCGCAGCAUUGAGGAGCGCGAUCGUGAGCUGGCCAAAACGCACAAGAGCCUCGAGGAGCAGCGCGAGGGUCGCAAAAAGUCGGAAGAUCUUGUGUCCGUGCUGGAGACACAGCUGCAGGAGAAGAAGGAGCAGAUCGAGCACCUGGAGACGGAGCUGAAGGAAACGGAGGAUAUGCGCAAGACCAUCAUGAGUCUGAUGGAAAGCAAAAAGCCCAAACGAAAGAAUUGAACACAGUCCCAGUCCCAGUCCCAUUUCCAUUCCCAUCGAUUUUGGACAUCUUAGCUUAGUGUUGCCCCUAAGUAAGCAAAUUAAAUGUACACUCCCUUCUGAUUUUUUUUUGUCUCAUUAUUUUAUAUUAUUUAUGUACACAUUUAAUUGCAUUUCAC